GGACCGGAGCAUCCUGCUCAGAUUGGCCUGACACGUACUUUCUCGUCCCUCAGCUCAACUUCACUACCUGAAAAAAGGAAACGCGUCCUGUUCUCGCGAUAGUAGCGGGAUCAAGCAGUCGCCAUGUUCUGUGACAAUAUUUUGAUUCGUAUGUGCUGGGAGUGAGGAAAAAGAGAAAAGUGAAGGCUGCAGAGGGGAGGGGGGGGCCGAAGACGAGGACCUGUCAAGAAGGCAUUCCCGAGGCUCUGUCAAACGGCGUAAGGCCGAGGCUCACUUUCCCUCUCCCUUACGCUACUUCGAGGACACCGAAGGCCCGGGGCCUCGGUGCAACUGGUUCUUCUUCUCCCUGGUAGUAGCUGGACACCUCACGGCUUCUUCUUUCCCAGCUCCGCGGCCCUUCGGAGGUCCGGCGGCGAUCUCGGGUGUUGAAGGUGGCCCAGGGAGCGGCGGCGGCGGCGGCGGCGGCAGCAGCCGUAACUGGAAGCUCAGAAGAUCUUAAAGAUGAAGGCUGUGUGCUGCCAUCACUGACGCUGCAGACCUGAACAGAACGUCUGUCCUGACCUGGCAACAUACGAAUGGCACAGGGAAACCACCAGAUUGACAUUCAGGUUUUACGUGACCUGCGGCAGAAGUUCCCUGAAGUCCCAGAGGGUGUUGUCUCCCAGUGUGUCCUGCAGAAUAACAACAACUUAGACGCCUGCUGUGCGUACUUGUCCCAGGUCAGUCCCGGCUACCUUUACAGUGAAGAAGGGAAUCUCAGUUUUGCUGAAGACCCCAGCUUCACCCGGCUCCGAAAUCACAUGACCCAGCUGAACCUGGGCGUGCAGUCUCAGAAUGUGCAUGUGGCCCCGGUGAGAAUGAACGGCAGCCGGACUCUGGCCCACAGCAUGAGUGACGGGCCCCUCCAGACAGGCCAGGCCCCCAGUAGUGACUUCUUUGAGCCGGAGCCCCAGUCGGCCCCGGUGCAGGUUCCCUCCACCCUCAACGUGUUUGGCGUGAUGGAGUCGUCUCGUAAGCCACAGCCUCCCCAGCACCUCGGACUCUACCCUCUGGGUGUGAAAGGAACCACGGUGGGUCCCCAGCACACGCCACGCUUCAACCCCAUCACCGUGACGCUGGCCCCCAACCUUCAGACGGGCCGCAACACGCCUACUUCUUUGCACAUACAUGGCGGGCCGCAGUCGGGUCUCAGCAGUCCUCAGGGUAACUCCAUCUACAUCCGUCCCUACGUCAGUCAGUCCAGUACGAGCCGGCAGAGCCAGCAGCAGGGGGGCCGGGCCCAGUACAGCCCCACCUCUCAGCCCCAGCAGCAAAUCUAUCAGAUCUCACAGCCAUCCUUCCUGUCCAGCUCCUGGUCUGUCCCUCAGCACUCCUCCUCAUCCUCACAUACCUCACAGACCUCUCACGUCUACAUGCCCAUCAGUUCCCCCACAAACCCCCAGGCGCCCACUAUACCCUCCUCUGGAAGCCAGGCAUCCUCCUCUUCCUCUGGCUUCUCCUCUUGCUCCCCGUCCUCCUCCCUGUCUUCCAUUAGCCAGUACAACAUCCAGAACAUCUCCACCGGCCCCCGCAAGAACCAGAUUGAGAUCAAGCUUGAAUCUCCUCAGCGGAGCAACUCCACAGCUGUGCUGCGGACCAGCGGUGGGCCCCAGUGGGCCAGAAAUAUGGGGGGGCAAGUGAGCAUGGGCCCCGCCUACAUUCACCACCACCCUCCGAAGUCCCGGGCCUCGGUGGGAGGCGGGGGCACAGCGUCUUCGCCCCGCGUGGUGGUGACCCAGCCCAACACCAAAUAUACUUUUAAAAUCACAGUUUCCCCCAACAAACCCCCAGCCGUGUCCCCCGGAGUCGUGUCACCGACGUUUGAGCCCAACAACCUUCUCGGCCUGCCUACAGACCACCACUUUGUGGAGCCAGAGCCCCUCCACCUAUCAGACCCGCUGUCGCCGCACCGGGACAGGCCGAGCGAGCCUCGAAGACUCAGCAUGGGCUCUGAUGAUGCAGCGUACACACAAGCAUUGUUGGUGCAUCAGAAAGCUCGGAUGGAGAGAUUGUGGCAUGAGUUGGAGGUGAAGAAGAAGAAGUUGGAGAAACUAAAAGAGGAAGUGAAUGAAAUGGAAAACGACCUGACCAGGAGACGACUGGAGAGAUCCAACUCAGCCUCCCAGAUUCCUUCUAUUGAGGAAAUGAAGCAGCUGCGUUGCAAAAACAGGUCACUGCAGAUCGACAUCGACUGUCUGAGCAAAGAAAUCGAUCUCCGCCAAACAAACGGACCACACUUAAAUCCCAGCGUAAUCCAUAAUUUCUAUGACAACAUUGGAUUCCUUGGCCCCAUCCCACCCAAACCCAAGGGUACUUUAUCUUUUGACUCGAGCAGUAAGACUGUGAAGCCCGCUGCCGACCAGGAGGAAGACGAGGGAACUCAGUGGAGCUGCACAGCCUGCACCUUCCUCAACCAUCCUCUCCUGAACCGCUGUGAACAGUGUGAAUUCCCGCGGCACUUCUGAGCCGCCGUGCCACGACGUGUCGCCUCUUCCUCUGCAGACGACAGUAGCCACGCCCCCUCCACUCUCCUCCGGUGAACUCGGACGGAGUCACGGUUUCAUCGUCCCGUUUUCCUCCUUCCUCUGAGGUGUGACUGGAUAGUGUUUACAGCUGAAGGUUGGAUCAUACCUCACCUCAGAGGCUCGCCGCCCCGGGACGCCUCGCUGCUCCCUCUUACAGUAUUACCAAGGUGGCCCUGCAGUGUGACAGCACACACACUUUCACAUGCACACACACAGGUCCCGGUGUACCUUUUGCUCAUUGCUUAUUGUAGUGUUUCUUCUUCUGUGGUGGCGUACGUGGGGAUGGGCGCUCCGUUCAGCCUCUGAAGGGAAACUGACAGACUGCUCGUGGAGUUGAAAUUUGCUCCUCGGUCCUGAUGAAACGUUGCAUGCUCGGCGUACCGUACACGGAGGCUCUUCCUGUACAUAAUGUUAGAAUGAGCUUUAAAACUUCUCCCUCACGUAUUUCCUCAGCGUAUUAGCUUUACAGACUUUAACUUUUCUGUCUUGUUGUGUUGCUCUCAAACAAAUAAGCACCAUCUUCCCUGUUAAAGCUUUUUACCUGAUAAGCAUCAGCGUUGAAGCUGGGGGGCUGUUAUAAAGCAAGAUGACGAGCUGCCAUCUUAUCUAACAACUGGAAUGUCAGAUUGAUGUUUGGGACAACGACACCUCAGUGUGAAGAGAUGCUCCUGGAUCAGCUGAUCGGCUCUGAGGAUCAACGUGAAAAGGUUGCUGGUUGAAAUGUCUGUGCCUUAAACACAUCAGGUCAGGACUGCUCCUUCCUGGAAGCUGACCAAGUAGAUAAAUAAUUCAGUAAAUAAAUAAAACCGCCCUCAGAACGAAAGCACAACAUGACUGUCCACUUUGUAUUCUCUCAUUUCUAUUUGGCUCAGUUCAUCCUCCGGAGCUUUUAUUGAUGAGGGUGCUUCUAAAGUUUACUUAUUGCUAUUAAGUUACCUUAAGUGUGGAGUAGUUACCAUUUCUUCUUGUUUUUUUUUUUUUGUUUGUUUUUAUUUCCACGUUUGUGAACUGUUGCCUUGCAUUAGUGCCUUUGAAUUUAUAUUGACAAUCUAUUCUGUAACAUCCAAGUGCUAUUUUAAAAACCAAAUUCUUAUUCAUGUGUAAACCCAUUUAGAAGUAAAAGUUGAAUUAUGGUCUCUUAAGCACUUACGUUGUACUUUUUUCAACCCAGAGAAACCAGUUAUCAGCUUUAACUGCAUCUUGAUGUGAAGAGGCAGUUUAUUCAUGUUUUAUUAAUGAAAAAAAAGGAAUUUGGAUAUCUAAAGUAUUUUUUUUUAGCUGGGAAAACUGUCUUUGUAACAGAUAAGUUAUUUGUAAAAAUAAAAAAAAAAUUCUAAAGGUA